AAUCACUAGGACGUGCCUGGAGCCACUUACCACUCCAGCCACAUGUCACGUGAGACAAUCUAUUCGCAUCGUCGGAUCGCCUUCAGGACAUCAAGAGGGUCUCCGUUCACGGGCGCGCAGUGGGAACCACAAUGAUGACGAGCGUCGCGCAAUCGUACUCUCCACAUCCGACUGGAUUGCCACAGCAUCCAGGAGUUGCACAGGGGCAUCAGAUGGCCGGAGUGCACACCCAGCAAGGCGGUCCACCGGGUCCUGGAAUGCCUCAACAAGCCUUCCAUAUGGGUGUUUCUGGGCCAGGAGUUCCACAAGUCAGUCAACCAGGGACAAUGAUGUCUGGUAUGUCUCCGGGGGUCAAUGGUCCUGGUGGACCGAAUGCGCACGCUUUACAGCAUUUAACACCAAGCCAAGCCAUGUAUCAACAGCAACAACAACAGCCGCAGAUGGCCUUUGCCACCCCGCAAAUGCAGCAAAUGGCACAACAACACCUUCUCCAGCAGCAGAACCAAGCGCGCCAGGCGCAAGCCGCCCGAAACGCGAUGAUGGCCCAGCAGUAUAAUAGCGGCAUGCCAAUGAAUAUGGUGAACGGGAUGAGCCCUGGCUUAAAUGCUGCGCAAUUUGCUGCAAUGCGCCAGGCUGUCCCGAGAGGGAUGCAACCGGUUCCGCUCCCUCAACACCUUCAGCAACAACAGCAACAGGCGCAAGCCUUGGAACAACAGCAGGCCCAAGUGCAGCAGCACCAACAGCACCAGCAGCUCCUAGCCAUGCAGCAGUUGCAAAACUCGGGGGCUCACAACGGAGGUCAAGGCCAACCUAGCCAAAUGAACCCCCAGCAACUUCAAAGUCUCCAAAUAGCCGCAGCUCAGCAGCAGCAACAUGCACACCAGCAACAACAACACCAGCAGCAACAGCAGCACCAGCAACAACAACACCAGCAACAACAACACCAGCAGCAGCAGCAGCAACAGCAUCAGCAGCAACAACAAGCCGCAGCCGCAGCCGCAGCCGCAGCAGCAGCCCAGCAACCUCAAACCCCAGCCCCGCAGAAUCAACAGGGGCCUCAACCUCAGCAACAACAGCAGCAGCAGCAGCCUCCGACACAGCAGCAGCAACCUCCACCUCAGCAGCUGCAGCUGCAGCAGCAGCAACAACAGCAACAGCAGCAACAACAACAGCAGCAGCAACAGGCAGCAGCGGCGGCGGCAAUGAUGCAAGCUCGACCACGGAAUCAAAUGCUAAAAGGCCAAUGCCUACUGAGACUGAUGCAAUUCGGCGAUCACCUCAGCCAGUUUGUGGCAACUAAACAACAGAGCGAUCUCAGUUACUGGACCAACUUUGUGGAGACUUUUUUCUCUCCUAUAGGGGUGUUGCGCCAUUCAGUGUGGAUUGUCGACGAGCAAACUACGAAGCAGUAUGAGAUCACUUUUCCAGCGCUGGCGAGGUACUUUUGUACACAUUUUGAGAGUGGGGUGAAGAAUAUGCAGUUGAUUAUGGAAAAGGGGACCGAAAAGGAGCUCCCAAAUCACUGCAAUUAUAUCUCGAGUGAGAAGUCGAGUUUCAUUUAUUGGUUCGAGAACGGCUCACAAUUGGUUGCCAAUGGAAAGCUGAAGGCUCAGUUCGAUGCCAACCAGAUGAUUGAACUAUUAGAGUUUGAAACCAACAACCACGAAGAAUACCUCCCACGAACCAAGGUAGUCGAUGCAGCACGGCCACUCCACGAAUGGCAGAAAGACUGGCAAAAAAUAAAUGCGCCAGCUGAUGGUAAACAAUCUCCAGAAAUUAACAAGAAGGGGAAAGCAAGGCCGUUGAAAUCACCACCCAGUCAACCGCCAGACAUAGAUAUCCCGGAUUCAAAAGUUAAAUUGAAUAUGGGCAUCACACCCAGUGUCUUCCGCUUCCUCGAGUUGGCAGAAGUCAUGGGUCAGAUGAACCCCCUCUUCUCCUAUUCGCAUCAACAUUCGUCUCUUGCUCCUUACUCUGCCCUUGAUCAAUACGUUGCGCACGUCUCGCAAGCUGCUUCCCUAAACCCAUCUACCCUCCCUCCGGGAUCAAGGACCCCAUCUUUAAACGCAUUUACACUAUCGAGCCCAGCGGCGGCUCAGAUUUCGCUACCGGAUGGUACAAACCCAAUGCAAAAUAUGAACAUGGGGUCCGGGAAUAUGCAGCCUACAGCAAUGGCAUUACAGCAGUCCCAGCAAGGAAGUAGCAGUGGGGUAUCUGCAAAUACAAGUCCGAAUACCAGCAACAAACGCAGGAGGCCCAGUGAGGAGAUGAGUCAUAUUAAUGGCGCUGCGGCAGGAAAACAAGGGGGUGUGGGUCAGGCCGGGGGUCAAACUCAAGGCCAGGUAGCAAAUACUGGCAGCAAGGUUAAACCCAGUCCUCGGAUUGGUGGAAAGAGACAAAAAGGGGGACCUGCAUGAUGUGCGGGCGAAGUCAGAGCGCGGAUAGCAAUAGCUUCAUGGGCAGUAGCGGCUCAUUGUUAGAGAUUGCGGGCGGAGAUGUGGCAAAUGAUUGAUAUACAGGUGCGGCACAGGCGUUUUAUUUGGUCUCUGUUUGUUUGGGUUGGCUCAGACGGAUGGCGAUGGUGUGGCUACUUGGCGCUUAUAUUGUUUGUAUAUCACCGAUUAGGGCUGCUAUGGGCUUGGGCAAGACAGCUGGCGUUGGCGGAAAUGGAAAGGAUAAUCGGUUGCAUCUGGACUUGGGCCAGGUCGAAGAGAGAACACGCGCAGAUAUCCCAUCGCUCUCAUCGCAAUAAUUAUGGAUUAGUAGCGUGGCAACAUCACUGUUAACAUGGUUUAGAUCUGACCAUAAGCGAUUGACUCGAGAUUAGGCACCUUUAUACCAUCUGAUUGUUUAUGAGUUUGACACUCCAUCUCGUGAUAUUUGUUUGCUUUUGAUAAUUGUCUACUUUGAGCCUGGCAAGAGCAGCUUUUAGUUUGGCUCGCUCUAACGUAUUUCAACGAGUUGGUCUGGUAUCUCAACCUAAAUGAAAAC